CUACGCUGCUUCGUGGGGAGCUGGGGAGGAAGGAAGGAAGGAGGCGGUCGCACGGUUCUCAGUUUUCCUUCCUCUCCAGCUGCAGAGGUCGCGCGAGCCCGGUUCUGCCACCUGGGAACAGGCGACAUCAGUUGCGCGUGUGCUCCGCGGGGCGAGCAUGGAGGGCGCGGACCUGGUCGCCAAGGUGCUCUCCACCUGGCUGACGCUGGUGCUCGGCCUCAUCCUGCUGCCCUCGGCCUUCGGGGUGUCGCUGGGCAUCUCUGAGGUCUACAUGAGGAUCCUGGUGAAGACUCUGGAGUGGGCCACACUCCGAAUUGAAAAAGGUGCCCCAAAGGAGUCGGUGCUUAAAAAUUCAGCUUCUGUUGGUAUUAUCCAAAGAGAUGAGUCACCCAUGGAAAAAGGGCUCUCUGGUCUUCGAGGAAGGGACUUUGAGCUCUCUGACGUGUUUUAUUUCUCCAAGAAGGGAUUGGAAGCCAUUGUGGAGGAUGAAGUGACCCAGAGGUUCUCCUCAGAGGAGCUAGAGUCAUGGAAUCUCCUUACUAGAACCAAUACCAAUUUCCACUACAUCAGUCCUCGGCUCACCAUGGUGUGGGUGCUGGGUGUCAUAGUCCGCUAUUGUGUCCUACUACCUCUGAGGGUUACCCUUGCUUUCAUUGGGAUCAGUCUGCUGGUUGUAGGGACGACCUUGGUUGGGCAGCUGCCAGACAGCAGCCUCAAGAACUGGCUGAGUGAAGUGGUGCACCUGACUUGCUGCCGGAUCUGUGUUCGGUCCCUCUCUGGUACCAUUCAUUACCAUAACAAGCAGUACCGGCCCCAGAAGGGAGGCAUUUGUGUUGCCAACCACACUUCUCCGAUCGAUGUUUUGAUCUUGACAACAGAUGGAUGCUAUGCGAUGGUUGGCCAGGUUCAUGGUGGCCUGAUGGGAAUUAUUCAGAGAGCCAUGGUCAAGGCGUGUCCUCAUGUCUGGUUUGAGCGCUCAGAAAUGAAGGAUCGGCACCUGGUUACAAAGAGACUAAAAGAACAUAUUGCUGAUAAGAAAAAAUUACCCAUAUUAAUCUUCCCUGAAGGGACCUGCAUCAACAAUACUUCAGUCAUGAUGUUUAAAAAGGGAAGCUUUGAGAUUGGAGGAACCAUACACCCUGUUGCAAUUAAGUAUAACCCCCAGUUCGGUGAUGCCUUUUGGAACAGUAGUAAAUAUAACAUGGUGAGCUACCUGCUUCGCAUGAUGACCAGCUGGGCCAUUGUCUGUGAUGUGUGGUACAUGCCACCCAUGACCAGAGAGGAAGGAGAAGAUGCUGUCCAGUUUGCAAAUAGAGUUAAGUCUGCUAUUGCUGUGCAAGGAGGAUUGACUGAACUUCCCUGGGAUGGUGGGCUGAAGAGAGCAAAAGUGAAGGACACUUUUAAGGAAGAGCAGCAGAAGAAUUACAGCAAGAUGAUUGUGGGCAAUGGCACUCUCAACGUGGAAUCAGACUGAUGACGCCCCAGAGAGAGCUUGGCUUCCCACAGCUACCCUUAGAAAUGCAGUAGUUGGGGGAGUUGUUUUAUUUUAGUGUUUUCAUUUGCUUUUUUGAGACAGUCAGACUGGCCUUGAACUCACUAUGUAUUCCAGGCUGCCCUUGAACUCAUGGCGAUCCUCCUGUGUCAGCCUCCAGAGUGUAGUGUUUUGUUUUUAUUAUUCACCUUUUCUACAGAAUGAUUAUCUCUACCUCUUGAUACCAGAGGCAGAACCUGCAGUUACCCUUUUGGACCCUAGUCAUUGUUCUAGCAUUAGUCCAGGGAUUGUAAGGAAGUUCCCUGAGUUAGAACAGAUUCUGACUUCUGUGAAAGGACGGCGUCACUGGUGAUUGAAUGAAGUGUUUGCACAGAAAAAAGUGCUUCUGGAGUAUGUUCAGAACAUGUUGAUAGAGUAAUUCUCAAACAUUCAACCUCUGUUUUCCUAAUUUACUUUCCCACACCCUUCACUGGCUUGCGGAUGGAGUUCACAUCCAUGUGAGGUUGCCACCAUCGUCAUAUCCAAUUGCGAGGUUGACAGUGAAUUUAGGAAAAAGGGCAACAAUGUGGUGUCCUGCUCUGAAAGAGGAAAGGAAAUGUAAAUUAAUUUUUAUUAAUGUGUUGGAAGAGAAGUACCAUUUGAGAUGCUUCCCCAAGGAAAAAUGAGUGGCAGUAAAUGAGUGUAUGUGUAUUUAUGUGUGGGGAACUCACAGCACAUUUUAGCCAGCAGUGGUGACAAAGAGCUUAGCUGUUCUUGUUUGUAUGCCGAAUACACUCUCUGUAUAUGAAUUUUUUUGUUUUUUCUAACUAAACAUAUUUUCAAAUAGAAGGAAUCUUUUAAAAAAUGCCAUUGAUUGUCUUAAACAUGAAUGAGGGAAGUGUGUAAAGUCGCCCUGCACCCUCCAGCCCUUUCUGGUUUUUCCUUAAACUUUCCAAGUCUCUUCAGCAGAAAAAUAAGUGGUAUAAUUACCUUUUGGAAACUGAGCCUUAAUUUUUUUUAAAGGAGGAAAGAAGUUUCCUCAACUGCAAUAGCAUUAGCAAAGUUUGGUAGCAAUAUAAUGCCACUGUAACCAUGUACAGAAUGUAAACUAUCUCACCAUGGAUAUAAAUAAAUUUUAUAUUUUU